GAAAUCAGAGAGAGAUAUGAGACCUAAAAGCUUUAGAAAAUAGCCACACAAAGGGUCCAAAACUAUGGACGCCUUAUCUUUAACCGACCAAUAGUGAUCACUUAUCAGCCUUCAUUUGCUUCUACACAUCUGGACACUAUCCUCUUUUUAUAGGUCAAGUGACUUAAAACACAUGUUCCCUCAUUUGAAUUCAAACAACACCCAAGUGAAAAAGAUUCAUGGCUCAUUCACUAACCACCCCUGUACCAUAUGCUGCAACACUCAUCUCAACAGAAUCUAAGAAGAAACCCCAUCUUCAUACUCUAGGGUUUGAGAGAGUGUGGGUUUCCCAUCAUCAAAGUUCUGCUCAAGCCCUAGAUGAUCGGCUCAUCCACCGCAGGAACAUUAGCUUGGGCUUGCUUGGAGCGGUGCUAGGGUUGAGUUCUGGUAACCAGAGCGCAAGAGCGGCCAGAAGGCCUCCACCACCACCACCUCAGGAGAAGCAGGACCCCAACCUAAGUGGCGUUCAGGCGAAAGUUUUGGCUAGCAAGAAGAGGAAGGAAGCCAUGAAAGAAACCAUGGCCAAGCUAAGAGAGCAAGGGAAGGCCAUCAACCAGCCAUCUGAAUAGCUUAUUGAUAAGCAUUGUUGGAAAUACAUGUUAUUUGAAUAAAUUUGAUUUGGAAUAAUGUAAUCCAAGUUUUCAACA